AUGGUGGAUGGUGGUGAGCAGACACUUUUGGGUGGUACAGAGACUGGAAACUCAAUUGACAACCAGAAAUCCCUAUCGAACAGUGGUUCAGUGAAGGAAUUUCUUUCAUCGCGUAUUCGUGAUGGGUUUGCCUCCAGUGCCUAUUGGGGAGCCACUGGAGAGGUGCCGCCUCGCGAGCCCAACGAUGUUGCUGGAAGGAAACCUCAUGCCUUUGAGAUGGAGAUAAACAAGAAACUUGUUCCCUUUCCGGAAGACAAGACCAGUUUGCCGCGGACGCUAGAUUACACACUUGUUGGGCUUCAUCGCCUAAAAGGAGAUGGCUCAGAGAUCAAGCCUCAGCUGAAUGCCGCCCAAAUGCGCUUUUUGGAAACCGGCAAUAACUCCUUGGAAGAUGAUACCAAUGGUGGAAAGAAACCUAAUUUGAUGGAAACAACAACGACACAAAAUCGGACAAUUGGAAAAGGCAACUUUGAUCCCGAUGUUCUUGACACCCUUUCGAAAGGUUUGGAAGACUUGGAGGACUCUUCGAAACAGCGUGAUCAUUUGAAAAACAUGCCACUAGAAGGACCAGCGCCUAAUCACUACCGUCCAACAUCGUGGGAUUACUGUGACAUGAGUGGCAUUGAUCCUUCUUCGUACUGGGUGACUAAAAGGGAUCCGAAUGCACCAGGCGGUGAUGGUUUUUUGCCAGUGUAUAAAAGCCGUUACAAUUUGGUGGAAAAAGAAGGUCCGGCUCGACGGGAAAAAACGACGACAAUGCUGGAGCAGGGACGAAAUGUGGAUAAAGGGCUAUUAAAGGACACGAUGAAGGAUAUGAAUACGAAAUCAUUGCCAGAGGGAUAUCAGCCUUGGUCGGCAAACGAAUGGAUGAGUACAACGCACGAUUACCACGCUCCGUACAAUGUUGCUGAAGCGGCUGCAACAAAUAGACGUUCUGCAACCAUCCCUCUCCCUCGUACAUAUCACACUUUGAGUCCAGCACACGAGCAAUCUGUUUUGUCACUGUCCCAGAGACACAUGAUGCGACAUAGUGGUAAUUGGGCUACGGAGUACUCAGACUCCUAUUUAAAUCGUUUCGACCAAGCUGAGGUGAACAAGGAACACAGUAAACGAAGCAUUUUUGAUAUUAGAUAUGGUACUUACACCAUGCAUCACUCUGCUCACCACCCACGUGAUGACACGGCCACAGGGGAAAUGUACACACCAAGUCAGGUGGUUCCUGGGCAGUACACAACAAUGAGUCAACAACCACUUCACGCGCGCAAUGCGUUGAGCCAAAAGGCAAAUAAUUCUUGA